GCAGCGGUUCUGUGGUGCGCGUGGAUGGGGAAGAGGAGCCCGACCCGAGAGAGACGGAGAAACCCAAAUAACGGUACACUGCAGCAUACCUGGAGCCCGCAUGUAAACCGUCCCGCCUCCAACCCGCUUCCUGUGAUGUUCACAUCUGAGCGGACGGACGCGGCGAGCGCGUUUUAAAAGCCGAGGGACGGCAGCGGUCCACCAUUGUGUGCGCGCAGAAAUUGGAAGAAUGGCCUGGAUGUGGAAGAGGAAGUCUCUUAUCGCCACCAGCCUGGUUGUGGUGGUUUCGCUCUUUGUGGUCGUGGUGAACUUCUCUCAGAUGCCAGACUUCGGUCAGACGUUCAGCAACCACUGGAUGUUCUCCAAGCAGUCAUACAAGGCUUUCAAGCCUCACCUGGGCUACGUCAGCAUCCCAAAACAGGAGCCAUUGAAGCUGAACUGCGAGCUGUGCAGCAUCGUGUCCAGCUCCGGUCAGAUGUUGGGCCAGGCUGCCGGCGCGCAGAUCGACCGCUCUCCCUGCAUCUGGCGCAUGAACAACGCUCCCACGCGAGGGUUUGACAACGACGUCGGGCGACGGACCACGCUCAGGGUCGUCUCUCACACCAGCGUGCCGCUGCUGCUGCAGAAGCCGCAGCACUUCUUCGGCCAGGGCAACGACACCGUGUACGUGGUGUGGGGCCCGCUGCGGAACAUGAGGAAGGACGGCAAGGGCAUCGUGUACAACAUGCUGCGGCAGGCGUCGGAGAACUACCCGCACGCUCGCAUCUACGCCACCACAGAGGACCGGAUGAACUACUGCGACAUGGUGUUCAAGAAGGAGACGGGGAAAGACAGGAUUCAGUCCGGCUCUUACCUGAGCACCGGCUGGUUCACGCUCAUCCUGGCCAUGGACAUGUGCAAAGAGAUCCAUGUCUACGGCAUGAUAAACGACACCUACUGCAAGACUGAGGGCUACAGGCAGGUUCCCUACCACUACUACGAGGCGGGCAGCCGGGACGAGUGUGCAGAGUACCAUCUGCACGAGAGCGCCCCCUACGGCGGACACCGCUUCAUCACAGAGAAGUCAGUUUUCGCCAAGUGGGCCAAAACCCACUCCAUCAAGUUCUUCAACCCUCCGUGGCAGCUGUCGUGACCCCGGCCGACCCUGACAAAAUUCACACUAAAACAAACACACACAUCAGUUUUCAGAUUUCUCCCCAUUUCUGUUAUUUCGUUCCCAUUUGGUUCUUCAGAAUUAAGUGAAAUCUGAAGACUAAACAUGAACGUGCAUCUUUCAUACCUUCGGCUUCUUGGAUUGUACGUUUUCAGCAGACGAAUGUGGAACGCUCCCUGCUCUGCACUGGCAGAACCAAACAUUUGCGGCUCUGUGAGUCCAGCAAAGAAUGCCGCCUUGAUAGGAAAAGACAUUAUCUGGUGUUAACUCGUUUUGGAUUUGGGGGGAAGAACGCCAACUGGACGAUUUGUGUCGGCUUGGACGUCUCAUCAGCUUCUCUGCUGUUUCCCCUUGGAGUUCGCCUCCUGUAACAAGCUUCGUUCAGGCUUUCAUCUACUGAAGGCAGAUGCUUUGUCAGUUUCAAUUUGCAUCGAUCCGUUUAAAAAAUCUUCAGCAAACAAGAUUGUUUCACAAAGCGAUCAAAAAUCAGGUUGUAGGUAAAGAUGUAAAUCAGCUUCGUUGUGUUUCAACCUGAAGAUGUUGGCUCCUUUUUCUUGCUAUAAUUCAGUGAAGCUAAAUUUCAUUGUGGUUUUGGUUUUAGUCUCUGGAGGGUUUGCUGAUUUACUGUGCCAAUGACAAUGUAAGCAGCACAGCACAGAGAGCGAGGUGCAAUUAGAGUCCAUCUCUCUGGAUGCAGUUUGUGUCCCUACAGAGGAGAAGAUUUAUGUGUGCAGUGAAACCAUUUGAAGUUAAUUGUAUCCCAUUAUCAUUUUGUGCCUGCCAUAUACUUUGCAGUUCAUUGUAUAGACAAAGAAGAAGAUGCAUUUGCUCUCUUUCUCUCAUCUUCUCCUCCAGCUUUGUGCCUCUUUGUGUAACACAUCUCCGUGUGGACUUUAUCCCUUUUGUCUCUGGGUGCAGCGCGCUCGACUCUCGCUCAGUAACUUCUCAUCGCAUCUGUUACAGGACGGUGAAGAAUAACCAGUGGGUCUCUGCUGGGGCCUGUGGGACCAGCGAUGACAACUGAAAAGAGUCAAAGACUUCUAAUUUAGGCAACUCAGAGGACAGUGAGAUACUUCUGCUCCAGCGUAAGCGGACAGGAUUGUCGUGGUUUGCAGGUCGGCUGUAGUCACAUGUGAAAACUGGGCUGAAAGUUUGGAACAAAAUGUGCAUUGUUAGCCUUUAGAGCUGCUGGACAAAAUCACUAUUAUAAUGUAUAAUGCUUAUCUAAUAAGGACCAAAAGUGAUACAAUUCAGUACACAAGUACACUGCUUUUUAUGGCUUUUUUAAACCAUAAUCAUCAAAACUGCAAGAACUACAGGCUGAAAUACUGAAAGGGUGUUUUCACACCUGAUAGUCUGGUAGAUUCAGUCAAAUUGGAGACCAAAAUUGCAACAGAUUUGUUACAUUUUCAGCUGCUGCGGUUCGCUUUCACACUUCAACAAUCAAAAUAAUCUAAAAAACCUGUUCCCCUCCUCACCUGUGGGAGCGCUACACCAAAACCACUGAAGUAAAAGACUCAAAAACCUCAGAAGAAGACACUGAGUGCCACUUCCUUUGUCACGAAAUGUAAACAAAAAUGGAGUGACGUCAGAUUUUAGUGGUUGUAGAAUUUCUCUUUUGUCAUUUCUCUCGCUAUCGUUAGACUGUUGCGUUUGUUUUGGUUAUAUUUACCCAGAAUGCCUUGCGCAGGGCAUUUACUGUACAAUGGCAGCUGCGCAGUCCACUUCCUGCUGUAAAAGCAGGAAGUGGCCUGCGUUUCUUAAUGUCUCGGUCUUCUUAAUGUUCACAUAAGCAUUCAAACAGCACCAUAGCUCACUUUAAUCGAAUAGAGACCGAGGUUUUUAGGCGGACCAGAGUUUGAUUACAUAUUCACAUUUCCCCAAACAAAUCUGACUUUCUAAAUCAGGGGAGUCAAACUCACUUUCGUUCUUAAAUGGCCGGUUGUGCCAGAAUGUAUUAAUAAAACCUGUUCACAAACUGUUAAAAUAUCAACGAUUUCUUAAAAUUAAAUAUUAUUGAACAUCUUUUCAGUCCCUCCAGGAUUUCGUGAUUUCUUUUGUGAUUUUUUGCAAUAAAAAUCAAAGUGUUUGUUGUACCAAUUUGGAAAUAUUUGCGCUUAUUUAUUACUCGCUGUUUAGAUCAUGGACUAUAAUUUGACAUCAAUUAAGGUUGAGACAGCUGUUUAGUACAAGUAAGAAAUUGUUUGACAAUUUUUUAGAAAAAUUUGCAAUAAACUCCCAAUUAUUGGCACAAAAAAAUGCAGGGAUUUGUUGAUCUUGCGUGAAUUUCCAGGGACUGAUAUAUCUGGGUAGUAAACAGAUAUAAACUGCGUUGAUUUCAUUGAUAGCAUAAUGUUCAAGCAGACUUAGCGUUUAGUCUAGCAUCUAGAGGGCCACAUAAAAAGCUAUGGUGGCCCAGAUUUGGCCCACGGGCCUUGAGUUUGACACGUGAUCUAGACAAAUCAACUAAUGUUUCAAUAAAGUGAACUAAACAGGACUGGUGUGAAUGAACCCUAUGUAUGAUGAGUUUCACUUUGUGAAAGAAGUAAAAAAAAAUAUUGAACUCUUUCACAAUAUAAAUUUUUUUCCAGCUGUUUUUGUAUAAAUAAUGGAUACGGGCUAAUGCCUAUUUCCACUUAGACGUCACAAAGCAGUGCAAUGUUUACAGAAGUAAUAAUGGACGCCGCCGUCUUUGGAACAAUAAAUUGUUAAGCAAUCAGAGCCGACAGUAUUGUCACAAGAUCAUAACAAGAAGGAAGUGUCGGCUUUUUUUGCUUCAGCCACUGUUUACAUCCGGAUUUACUUCGUUUGGUUUCUUCUGGUGCCGAUUUCGACGCAUGUCUCAUGUCGAUAACGUAAAAGUUGGAUAAAAUGUGACUGUAGACACAUAUCAGAUACGUAUCUGAUUUAGUACCACAUAUUAAGGGCUCAGAAAUUGGAUUUUUGUCCAGGCGAAAAUAUUGGAGUUGGACCGUUCAGACUGCGGUGAAAAAAUCUGAUUCGGGUUGCAUUUGGCUUCUGUGUGAACGUAACUCUAAAUGUAGGAAAAAAACAAGCAGCUGAACAUUGAACCACAGUAAUAAAGUUUUGGUCGAGGUAUAAAAUAUCUGCUUUUCCAAGAACAAAUGAGAUAGAUUAUUAAAAAAGAAAAAAGGCAUGUAGUGGAUUUUCUUCCUCAGCCGUGGAUAAAAACAUUAAGAUGGAGCUGAAAGCCUGUUGGAAAACAAACCAGCGUUAAUGUGCCUCAAGUUAAAGGGACCCCUGUGGAGUUUCCCUGCAAACAAACAGCAGCUUCAGUCACAUUCAGUCAAAAUGCGUUCUGUUAAGUUGUGUUCAGCCUUUAAUUAAACUCCUUUAAGACCUUUUUCAGCUGCCUUUAAGCCACAGAAAUAUCAGCCUGCAGAGCCACAAUAAAAAACACAAAUUCAGCACCACAUAAUCCAGGAGAUAAUCUUUCUCACUGCUUAUAAAGUCAUUGUAGAAAUUUGAUCUGUUUUGUUUUUAAAACAGAAGUGGGUAAUAUUAGACUUUAAAGUAUAACAACAUGUUACAUUAGGAUUUUUAUACUGCAGAUAGAAACUCAAAUCAACAAACCAGACAGAAAUCUCUGCAAAAUGCAGAAUAUUUUAGAAUUUAUCUGAAAUAAACUUCCUGCUGUUGAGGAAGUCAUCUAACAAAAAAGUGGGUUGUGUUUUUAAUCAUUAACACAUGAAUAAAAUGGUAACGACAUAAUAAUGCAAUAAAACAUGAUCAAAUAUCAGUGAACUUUAAAUUCUAAUGAACAUUUAACACCAGAAGACAAUUUAAAUAUCCAAAGUAAGUAAACAAAAAAACAAAAACAACAAUUACAAUUAAUUAUGAAGUGUCUGUAAUCCAAAUUGUCCUUCAAAAAGUUAUGAAAAAUUCACUUUUUGCUAGUUUUAUGUCCAUGUUGCUCUUAACUGUCCUAGUGGUUAAAAAAAAACACA